AUGGAUAAAGCUUUAUUGGCCGAAAAAACUCAACCGCCAUCAAUCCUUCCAAAACCAACAAGCGUAUCUCACAUGGUUCGGAAGCUGGCCAACACGACAACAACAUUUCAUCAUCAGGUGAGACAACAACAACAACAACAACCACAACAUCUACAACAACUACUAGUACAACAACAGCAGCAGCAGCAACAGCAAGAAACUCGUUGUGAAAGUAACCGCGAAGACAUUGCAAACGAUGCAAAGAUAAAUUUUUCAAGUUUUAUCGAAAAUUUUGAGAACUUAUCACGAUCCAGAAGUCAAGAAAAUAACGCUAACUUCUUGUCUAGAUCGAAAAGCGCUCUGUGUAGGAAAAAUCGUUUCAAUUUAUUUCCCGACACAGGCAUUUGCAACAACAAAUUUGAGGCUAGCAACAACAACGACAACACUGACAACAACAACAACGAUGAUAAUAAAAAUAAUAAUAAUUUCAACCAAAGCAGCAGCGACCACAACGACACGAACGACAAAAGACAAAAAACUGAUAAAAAUAUUUUCAGCGCAUACCGGCGGAACAACAUCGAGCCAGGAAAUAACGAAACCAACAUAAUCAACAUCAACAACUACAUCGACCAAAACCUCAACCGUACAAGCAGCUUCAACCACAAAAGCAGCAACAUCAGCAACUACGUCAGCCACAACUUCAACCACAAAAGCAACAACAUCAACAACAACGAAACAACAGUCAUCCUAGCCUAG